AAGAUGCUCCUGCGUCAUGAAUCACAGCUAUGGAAUGUCAUCAAAGGCUUCAUAAAUGACCAUAACCCCUACAAGAAGUGGCUUCAUUAUUGAGGAGAAGAGAGUUGCAUCAUGGUAUCUGCAAUGGAGUAAAUCGCGGAAGAAGUAGAUUCAUUACUAUGACAACACCUUCAUUAGCUGUGAGAUUUCAGAUUGGAACUCAUUAACUCAAAGGAUAAACAUCAAUAUGCUUGAGGAGGAAUUGAGUUAUGAGAAGAUGACACUGAACUAGGAAAGGCUAAAUGGACCUGGUUGAUGAGAUCUCAAGUCACUGACAGAUAUUGCUCUUAAGAUUCAAGGAUGAUAUUUAUAGAAAGCAAUUACUUAUUUUCAUUCUAAUAAUCUGUAAUCUAAUCAAGAGUGUUUCAGAAGAGAUUGCACAGCGCCCUUGCUUCUUUUUUAUUUCAAGGAUUGGUCAACAUUUACAAAUCUCUGGUUUAAUCACGAUAGGCCAUCAUCAAAAUGAUAAUUAUAAACCUUGCUGUGUGCAAGUGUACAAUGUGAAUGUGUGAUUUGAGCAUUGCUUUUAAUGCAUGGUCAAUCUUUGUCAUCCUGGGAGGAGAGAGGCUUCAAUGUGUAUUGAUGAGAAUCGAGGAUAGCAAGCUAUUUUGAUGACUUACCAAGCAACCAGGAUUGCAGAAUUGAUGGUACUGUCAUCGCCAGGGGGAGAACAUUUUCUUUUCAUGAUUUUCGAUCGACGCCGGAGCAUAAAUGCUUCCAGAUGAUUCGUCUAUAAAUGCAUUAUUGAUGUUGUUGUGGUAACGAGAACAUUUUUCUUUGUGAUUUCCUCUUGGAUGAAGAAUCAUUAUAAUGCUUCUAGUUUUUCCAGGUGUCUUGCUACUAAGAUCAUGAAACAUUAAUACAGUAGAUGAGGCUAGAGAAGUAGGCAAAGCAAUACACAUUGAUUAUGUGAUAUGGAGAUGUUUCUUAAGAGGCUGAAAAGGGAAACUCAAAAUAGAGCAAACAGAUGCAAUCUAUCAACUCUAAAAUGUUACCACCAUAUGCAUGAGCGAAAUAUCUUGUGUAAUAAUUGGAGAACAUUAAAACACUUUUAUUUUUAAAUAUUUUGAGACAUUAUUCAUCUGGACUGUCGCGAUGGGAUGUUCGGUGGGUAAAAAUCCUCCGCUGGAUCGGAUACCAUCAACUUCAUCAAAUGCAGACCUCAAGUCAAAAGAAAACGGGAAGUCUGUGCAUUCAAAAGGGGAUGCUUCUGAUCUACCAAGCAAGAAAACACUUGAGAGAAGGGAUACAGGAAAGUUUAGCAAUGGAUCAUUAGGAAAUGGAGAUGAACAGACAAAUCAUCAAGCUACAAGUCUAGUUGACUAUUCAAGCAUGAAGAAACAUAAAGAUGUGCCAUUAUCAGGUCCUAUAUGCAAUAACAAUAAGGAAGUUUCUAAAAGCCAGUCUGACUUCUUCAAGAUGCUGGAUGCAAAAAUAGAGCAGGGUAAGGACCUAGAUCCUGAAGAAGUGACGUGACACCAGUCUAUUUCAUCUAGUGGGACCCCUGGAUUCUACAAGGGACAGAGAUUGAAACUCAUUGAAAGAAAACUAAAGAUGCAGUUGCUCCUUCUUAGGCGUGCUCUCCUUCCCAUCAAUAAUCGUGCUGCAAUUUUUCUGGUUCAUCAUGUUUCAGAUUAUUACAAAUCAAUCUUUGCUACUCUUCAAAGACUGAAAGAUUCAUUCAUAACUUCUCUUCCAUGAAUGAGAAACUGAUUUUUGUUGAAAAAAGGGGUUGUAAGUUUUUCACAUUUUGGCAUAUAUUUUGUACUUAUGAUAUAAAUCUGAAAACCUGUGAUGAAUUUUGUACAGUAUAAAUGAUAUUUUUCAAGGCCUUGUUAAAGAAUGAAGUACUUGUAAAUUGGAAAAGAUAUUUAUUUUGUGGAGAAUUAUGCGAGUCAUCCAUUUGUAAUCUGUUUUCAAGACUGUGAUGGGCAUUGUUGAAUGGUCGUAGAAUGUUUGUUUUAUCACAUUCAUUAUUCCUCUUUCUAUUCAGAAUUUGUUUUAUGUCCUACAAUGUAUGUCUGUUUCCUUCUUGUCCAACUACUAUAGAGCGUUUUAUCAAUCUUUGUCAUCUGAUACCUUCCUUGGUUUUGAUUGGCCGAGAACCAUGGCUUUCCGAUUGUUACUAUGGUAACUGUCAGAUUAAAAAUCCCUUUAUGAAAUGCUCAAAAAUCUCUCUAAAUCAAAUCAAAUCCUCUAAAGGACUAUACAGCUGAGCUUAAAGUUGACCUUGAUAUUAGACAUGGACUUUGGAGAAAAAAGUGGGACAAGGGCCUUUCCAUAGCUGGAGGAAAUCUAACUCUGUAUUUCUAAACUGUUAAAAAUGUUGCUUAGCAUUGGUAUACCUUAUCUCCACAAGACAUGUGAGUGAAAAUGGGUACUUCAUUCAGUGCUUGGCCAAAUAUUCCAAAGAUCUAAUUCUAAUUCCAUCCACUUCAGCCAUUGCCCUCAUCAAAUUGUGUGCCACAUAUGAAUGUUACUAACCCCAAUCACAUUCCAUCUUGUACAUUUCCUAUUCCAUUUAUUAUUAUUAUUAUUGAUAUGAUAUAUUUGAGCGUGAUUAUUAUAUAAUCCAACUUACUUUUGUAUAUCUUGUGCCAUGUGUGUGUUUUACAAUCAACCAUCUACCUUGAAACCUGCCAUCUCAUAUACAACCAUAUGUAAAUAUAUAUUUUUGCUGUUUUCAAUUAAAUUUGAUUGCUGAAAACAGAUUAUCUUGACAGAUAUUGAUCAGAGGGUGUGUAGGAGACAUAUGGAUUCGUUUGGUAUAGUGUUAACAAGUGUGAUAGAAAUACUCCAAUAUCAAUAUCAAUAAUUCUAAUAUGAUUCCCGUCCCCAAUAUUCAUUUCCCCCCCCCCCACGUUAUAGAAAUUACAUGAAUUAUGAGGUCCAAAGCCCUACGUCUGGGACCUGUCUGAAAUAUUUUGUCUCUGUUGUCUAGUUCAUAUUAAAAGUUUCAUCAAUGAACCAUAAUUAUUGAGCAGUUUGGGGAAUGAAGUAACGUGAAGGAACAUGAGGGAUGAAUGCACUAAAAGUUUGAUUAUUUUGGAAAAAUUUACAUUUGCAGUUUAAACUCUUCGACAUGGUUGUUAAAAGAAAGUGAAAAUGCUCCUCUACAUUGAUGCAAAAAUUUAUAAUAUUUCAUAAAUUUAAUAUUCAUAAAAAUCUCACUGGUUUGGAAGAUUAAUCUGCUCUUGAUGUUAAUAUUUAUUACAUGUACAUAAAAUAUCAUGGGAUUGCAUAUUAAAUCAAAAUGAUUUUGAAAGCUUUAUUCAUAAGAAUUAAAGGGAAAGUCCACCCUAAUAGACUUUAAGAAAUAGCAGAAAAAAUAUUAAGAAAUAUUGGUGAAGGAUUGAGGGAAAUCCAUCAAAGAUUAAAAAAAGUUAUUAGAAUUUAAAUUUUUUGACUUGUGACGACAUAUGCACGCAGCUUUCCCAUAUAUCGAGUAGUAAAAAAAACAAAUGAAAUAUUUUGUAUUAUAGAUAAGUAAUAGUACCAUUUUUUUCCCCAAAAUUUAUUAUUUAACAGGGUAACAAUGAAGACUUUCGAGGUUGAGUUAUUUUUGUAAUGUAAAUGUUUCUUGUUUUAUUUUUAUUUGCAUAGUUAUUGAUAUCUUCAGUCAUUGAAUAUUCAGAUAAUAAUUGUUUAUUUCGAGAAAAUCUAAUGCAACUACAGUAUUGUCAUUUAGGAAGUUAUACAGUAUCAGUGCACCAAACUUGAUUAGGUGUUUGACCUUCGGAAGGUAAUUUCAUUGUGCUACCAAAACUUACUUAAACACCAACAUACAUGUACUUGAUUAGGUGUUGUAGCUAGGGAAGGCAAUAUCAAUUGUGCUUUUAACACCAAAACUAACACCAAACUUGAACUCACCCAACAUGUGUAACAAUGUGUGGAAUGAUAAUCUUGUUGUUACACAGGCAUUUCCUUUUAAAGAAAAAACUAUGAAUUCCUCUAUGAUAUGCAGCAGCAGACUUCAUUGUUUAUUUUCAGUGUCAAUAUAAUGCAGUUAUCAUACCUCUGUUUUAUCAGAUGUUGUUUGAAGGUUUGCAUGGUGGCAUGUACAAUCACUGAUGUGGUUUACGGUACACCAUGUGGAGUGUUAUAGAAACAGUGGAUAGAAGAAGAGAAGGAAUGGAUAGGCGAGAAAGUGAAGACGGACAGUCAACCUGUCUGAAACGUCGAGUCUCUACUAAUCAUCUCUACUCGCCGACUCAAGCCAGCAUCUCAUCAGCUCUACUAAAGCUGUUCUCAACUCAUCAAUCUUUC